CCUGGCCAUUUGUCAAAUAAGAAUCUCUCUUUCUUCACCACUAGCAGUUUAAAGUUUACUUACCACAUUCUCUCAUUUAGGAAUUUUUUCAAUUUCUUAGGUUAGGUUUUACUGUGUUUGCUUGUGUUUGCUGUAUUAACUUCCGAAAAGUUUUUGUAGUUCUGGUUGUUUUUCUUCAAAUUUAUCAUGGCCUGUUCUGCGAAGGUAUGUAACAUUUGAAUUUGUAAUCGAAUUAAUUCAGUUCCUUGGGUGGUGGUAUGUUGAAUCUUACAUUUACCAGAGGUACCAGCAUACAAGAUAUGAAUCAUGUUAUGUACUGACAAGAACAACUGUCCAAUGAGUAAUGACAUAAAAUUGAUGAGAAUUCCUAUUAUUUUAUUCAAUAAUUCAUCAUGAUAAGAUCCAACAACUCACUGGGUGCUCCUACCACUAACCAAGUGAAUUCCUCACAGUUCUCUCAGACAAAAAAGGUUCAAGAGUACAAAGAAGAAGUGAAGAAACAGGCUGAACAUCUAUUGCUAAAAGGUUUCCCAGAGACUAUUGUUAGCUUGAAUAAUAUUCUUGAAACACCUCAAUUCAAGAAUCGCAAAUUCUCUGAGGUCCAUCAGGAUUUGAAUAUAGCAGUGCCCAAUCCCAUAAUUCUCAAUAGCCACACUGAUUUGCCUCCAUCUAAGAAAUUGAAACUUGACAAUAGCAUAUCUUCCAGUAUAUCUGAGGAUGGUUCACGGGUUAUGAUCCUUCCUGGUGGUUCUGUAGCCACAAAUAAACAUUUAGUGGAUUUGAUAGAGCUUGUCAAACCACAUAUUAGAAAGCUUGUGGAAGAUUCCAAUUUGAUGAAAAUGUGGAUUUCCUUCAUGAUUCCCAAAAUUGAAGAUGGUAAUAAUUUCGGAGUUUCUAUUCAAGAAGAUACUCUAGCUGAAGUACAGUCUGUGGAGUCAGAAGCAGCUGCCUUCUUUGAUCAGAUUUCCAGGUAUUUUAUCUCAAGAGGCAAGUUGAUAUCAAAAGUGGCAAAGUACCCCCACAUUGAUGAUUAUAGGAGAGCUGUCCAAGAACUAGAUGAGAAAGAGUACUUAAGCCUCUGGUUGGUCAUGUCAGAAAUUCGCAACAGAUAUUGUGCUUUGCAUGAUAUUGUCCUCAAGAAUCUUGAUAAAAUUAAGAAACCUAGAACCUCUAAUGCUACAGAAUCUUUGUACUAGAAAUAACCAAAUAAAAAGGUGUCAAAACUUUUUUUGUUGAGAAAUAUGU